UUUUUGUUCGUUCGGGUAGGUGAUUCUCUGCCAUUCCCGGAUAGGUGGAACGCAUACCCCGUUCGGGAUUCUCUGCCCAGGGUGGACGCCGUUCUACGCUCCCAAGCUGAGUCUUUGCGGAUGGGAGGGACCAGAAGUCUUCGCAGCUUUGUCACUACCUCGAGCAUGUUAUCUGCUGGAAUCGGUGUGAUAUCUCUCAUACCCGUCCGGCGCUCUAUCUCUUCUGUUAAAGGAAAGGAGAAGAUGAUAGCCGAUCACCUGAUCCCGAUCGACCAUGUGGUUGAUUUGACCGGGCCGGAGGUCGAGCCCAAAAGAUCGGUGCCUGCCAACAAACCAACUCCGGUUCUUACUGCCACACCGAUCGAUGAUCGGAUGUUUGUUGAAUUUUCAAAUAUGGGGCCCAGAUCAGAAGUGAGGUAUCUGUUCGGGCUGAUGCCAUCUUCUAUGUGGUGUCAUACUGCGAUCAAGGUUCCCCCGAGCUUCACCAACUUGACUCACU